AUGACGGGCACAGAUUCACAUGUGGCUUGGGACCACUUCAAUGUGCAAGACCCCUUCAAAGACUCAGCUUUAAUCAAGUUGUGUAACAAUGAAUAUGGAGAUAGUUGGCAAUAUGGUGUCUUUGGACACCGAAUGUUGCAGCUCCCGAAAGUGUUGCCUUUUGCUCUCAAGUCGAACCUUAGGGUCUCCGAGGAGCUUUUUGACCAAUGGCUUUCGCUUCUUGAGAUUGAUCGUCUGGUGACUUCAUUGCUAAAUGAUGCAAAGGCCGAUGUUCCCUUGAAUGUCCCUGGAAAUUCUUUUACAAAAAAUGUUGCUACAAGAAACUCAUUACCUUCCAUGUUUCCUGCAGCGUUUCUAGUUUUUGGUGGUGGCAUCCAUUGCCAAGCUUCGACCCGUCAGCUUACUUUUGUGGUGAGGGAAGCUUCAUAUACAAGGCUUUGUAGCGCCAAGAACAUCUUAACAGUAAAUGGACAAUUUCCGGGACCAACUAUAUAUGCUAUGAAAGGAGAGACAAUCAUUGUCGACGUUUAUAACAGGGGAAAAGAAAACGUCACCAUUCACUGGCAUGGGGUGACCAUGCCUAGAUAUCCAUGGACAGAUGGUCCCGAGUAUAUCACACAAUGCCCAAUUCAGCCAGGGUCAAAGUUUACCCAGAAGAUCAUCCUUUCCACUGAGGAAGGCACUCUAUGGUGGCAUGCUCACAGUGAUUGGACCCGAGCCACUGUUCAUGGAGCUAUAAUCAUCUAUCCCAGGAAUGGAACCAAGUAUCCUUUUCACAAACCUAACGCAGAAGUCCCCAUCAUAUUAGGAGAAUGGUGGAAGAGGGAUGUGAAUGAGGUUCGAGAUCAAGGGCUUGCAACCGGAGGUGACCCUAACUCCUCCGAUGCUUUAUUGAUAAAUGGACAACCCGGUGAUCUAUUUCCAUGCUCAAAAUCAGGCACAUUCAAGCUAACGGUGGAUCAUGGAAAGACCUAUCUACUUCGCAUAAUCAAUGCUGCCUUGCAUGAGGCUCUCUUCUUCGCCAUAGCCAAGCAUAAAAUGAUAGUGGUUGGAACAGAUGGUAGCUACACGAAACCAUUGACACGAGAUUAUAUCACAAUAUUUCCUGGCCAAACCUAUGAUGUCUUAUUAGAAGCUAACCAACGCCCAAAUCACUAUUACAUGGCGGCUAUAACUUAUUCUGUUGCCCCGAAAUAUCAAGGCUUUUAUGAUAACACAACCACCACAGCUAUUGUACAAUAUAGGGGAUACUACACUCCAUCUUCACCUCCUCUUUGCCUCAUCUUCCUGCAUACAAUGACACAGAUGCAUCAGUUCAGCACUAAGUUGUUUUACACUCUUUCUAUGAACUCGUACCCAUGCGUCAAUGAUUCAUGUGCAGGGCCAAAUGGGACGCGGUUCUCCUCAAGUAUAAACAACAUAAGCUUCCAUACCCCUACGGUUGACAUACUGGAAGCUUACUAUUAUAACAUCAGUGGUGUAUAUGGAAAUAACUUUCCUAGCUUUCCACCACUAGUGUUCGAUUUUACAUAUGAUUAUCUUCCAUUAAUCUAUCAGUUGCCGAGCAGUGGAACAGAAGUAAGGGUGCUCGAGUAUAACUCCACAGUGGAGAUUGUUCUUCAAGGGACAGCCGUGCUUGCAGAGACACACCACCCUAUGCAUCUCCAUGGAUACAGUUUCUAUGUUGUUGGAUGGGGAUUUAGGAAUUUCGAUGAAAAUAGGGACCCUUUGCACUAUAAUUUGGUGGAUCCUCCCCUUCAGAAUACCAUCUCUGUUCCUUCGAAAGGUUGGGUUGCAAUCAGAUUCAAGGCAUCCAACCCUGGAGUGUGGUUCCUGCAUUGCCAUGUAGAACGCCAUGUGACUUGGGGCAUGGAAACUGCAUUCAUAGUGAAAAAUGGUAAACACCCAGAAGCUCAAAUGCUGCCUCCUCCAUCCGACAUGCCACCAUGUUGAAGCUGCAAAGAAAUAA